AUGAUUGAGAAAUCAAAGGUGGGGAAGAUCAAGAGGUCCGCCACCAAGGACCGCCACACCAAGGUGGAGGGUCGUGGCCGGAGAAUCCGAAUGCCGGCUGCUUGCGCCGCGAGAAUCUUCCAAUUGACUCGAGAGCUUGGCCACAAGUCCGACGGCGAGAUCGUUAAAUGGCUUCUCGAGCGAGUCGAGCCAGCCAUCUUUGAAGCCACCGGAACUGGCACCGUCCCAGCCAUCGCCGUCUCCGUCAACGGCAGUCUGAAGAUUCCCACCACGCCACCGACCACCACUGAAGCCCAAGCCGCCAAAAAGAAGCGAAAGAGGGCUUGCACUAGCGAGUUCAUCGACAUGAGUGACUCGGCUCCGACUCCGGCUCCGUCGAAUUUCGCUCCGGUCACGACCAUGACGCCGCAAUGA